UUAGCAUCGCUUUGGUCUUGCCGUUUUGGUCUAUUGCUGUUCUGGUCGAAAAGGUGUUCGAUUUUUGGAUGUUCUCAAGCUGCUUAACAUGUGACCUUGUCGGUCCCCAAACAGAACAGCAAUAAUCUAAAACAGGUAAAACAAUGGACUUUUACAUGUACAAUUGCAAAAAGAAAAGAAAACCUUGGCCAACAGAAAUACGGGAAAUGAAACCAAGCGAUCUAGAGGCUCUCGAGCAGACAUUAAGUGAGAUCAGAUGAGAUAUGAACUCCAAGAAUUUAGCUUCAUGGUGUUUGUAUUUGUUCCAGAACUCCUGUUAAUACAAUAGUAAAAUGGCUGUAAAACCAUCACUGAGAACGACAACUUUCGAGGUUUUAUUUCAAACCAAGUCUGACAUUCCAACAGAUGACAUUCUCACCAAAAUUGACUGGAAUCUUACUUUGAAAGUGAAUAGUAUUAGUAAAAUUGCAGAAUGGCGCCACUUUGGAAACCUGCUACAUAUAUGGCAUGUCAAAAUGACUUCAGAUUUGGCCGUCUCUGAAUGCUUUGAAGAGGUCCGUCAACAAUGGUGCCGUAAGAAGCUCAUUUACUUUCCGUGGCUACGACCAGUAAGCAAAGACGUAUAUGGCCGAGGCAGGGGCGAACCACACCACCCUGGAAUAAAAGUAAAAUCGUUCACCUUAGGGUCCGUACGUAAUCGUGGGGAGUUCAUAGCCGCUGAGCAGCAAGAUAAUGAUGUUAAGGUGACAUUUGAACAUGACUCAAAACUGUUAACAAUCGAUUUCAUCGAGAAAGGGAGGAAACGUUUCCCACACAGAAUGGAAUUCCAUUAUGACGACUUUCAGCAAAUCGUUUUGGUUGAUUAUCAAAAGAGUGACAAAGCAAGUCUGUACUUAUUUGUAAACGUGCCUCCACGCAUUCGGCGUGCAGAUUCCAGUUUGGUGUCUGGUAACACGAAGUGGAAUCGAACAACUGCCUUUGCUGGUUACUCCGCCUCGGUUAUUGGUAAUUCUUCGGUACUUGCUGUUGCUUUCGAAGGUGACUUGAAGAAUACAGUUGAUAAGAUACUUAAACGUUUCGAAUGCUCACAAGCGUUUAGGGUUUACUAUGCUAAAACCAACAUCAUUUUCGACACUCGUAAUGAUUUUGUUUGUGAACACACAUUUUCAAGUUUCGAAACGCAGUAUGCAAUAAAAUCAUUUCUUUCUGUUGGAAGAACAUCUUCCCAUCAUUGUAAAAAAUUGCUAGAUGAAGUCAAGAGAAUGGACGAAGAAAAAACUAUUAGUGAAGAAGUAAUACAGAGAGCUCUGUAUUCAUUGAACAGACAACUUGAAAAUGACUAUUUCAUUGACCUUAAAGCAGCAUUUCUUGUUCUUGUGAAUGAUGAAAAAAAUAACAGAACCAAAGAAGAGGUUCCAGGUAGAUGCGUUUACGUGCGUCGUUUUUACUGCACUCCAACAAGGCUUAUAUUUGAACAGCCAGAACUGAUGUUCAGUAAUAGAAUAUUGAGGCAGUACGGUGAAGAAUUUUGUGCCCGAAUUGUCUUUCGGGAUGAAAACUAUCGCAAGCUAAAUGGCACGGAAGCUAAUAGUUCUACUGACAUAGCCAAGCGAAUCAUUCAAACUCUGUUGAAAGGCGUAAAAAUUGGUGAUCGAAGGUAUAAGUUUCUUGCAUGUUCCAAUAGUCAGCUACGUGAUCAUGGGUGUUGGCUCUACGCACGAGAUAGAAUUGGUAAUACUGGAGAAACAAUACGCAAUAACAUGGGUGAUUUUCACGAUAUUAGAGUAGUUGCAAAAUACAUAAAACGAAUGGGGCAAUGCUUUUCUACUUCUGAGUCAACCGUAGAGGUAAAGGUGGAGACAGGUCAGGUUGAGCAUGUUAAAGACAUUGAAAGAAAUCCAUAUUGUUUUUCUGAUGGAAUUGGAAAAAUAUCUGGAGGUCUGCGUGACAAAGUGUGCAAAGAGUUAAGCAGAGAAGUCAAACCGUCUGCUUUUCAAAUCCGCUACGGAGGAUACAAAGGAGUGAUAAGUUAUGAUCCGACUCUAACAGGAGAAAAAAUUAUUCUUCGUGAAAGCAUGUACAAGUUUGAAAGCCGCCACUGUAUGCUUGAGGUCAUGGAUCAAUCAAAACCAGGUCGUCUAUUUUUGAAUAAACAAGCAAUUACUCUGCUUUCUGGAAGGGGCGUACCGGAUGACGCAUUUAUGAGGCUGCAAGAGGAUAUGCUUUACCAUCUUGCUAACAUGCUGCUCGAUGAAACCAAUGCAGUUAAAUCGUUGAAAAAGCGUGUACGUAAUGGCAUGGCGUUCAGAAUUAUUUCAGAAAGUGGUAUCUCGUUGACUCGGGAACCAUUCUUCAAAGGAAUGUUACGUACACUGUACAGAUAUUAUAUAGGUAAUCUGAAGAGGAAGGCUCGCAUAGAAAUUCCUGAUGAAUUUGGGAGAAACAUGAUCGGUACUCUUGAUGAAUCAGGAACUCUGCAGUAUGGUCAAGUCUUUGUACAAUACUCGAAGGACAUAAACGAUCCUCAGAAAGAAACUAAGAUUCACAAAGGCCCUGUUGUGAUCACAAAGUUUCCAGCCCUUCACCCAGGAGACAUUAGGAAGUUCGAGGCGGUUGAUGUUCCAUCUUUGCAUCACAUGAUAGAUUGUGUUGUCUUUCCACAAACAGGUAAAAGACCUCAUCCUGACGAGAUGGCAGGCUCUGAUUUAGAUGGUGAUGAGUACUUUGUAACAUGGAUGCCGGAACUGUUAAUCCAGGAAAACGUCAAACCAAUGGAUUUUCCAUCCUCACCAUCAAAAAAGCACUAUAGUAAAAUUAAUGAGCACGAUAUGAUUAAAUACAUAUCAGAUUACAUUAAAAAUGACAAGGUAGGCAUAAUUUCUAAUGCUCAUUUGGCUUUUGCCGAUUCUGAACCAAAGGGAAUACAUUCUGAUGUAUGUAUCAAUAUUGCAGAAAAAUUUGCCAAAGCAAUUGAUUUCCCAAAAACAGGAUCAUGUCCAGAGUUGGAAAAGAAUGAACAUCCUUCGAUAUACCCGCAGUUUAUGGGAAAACGCGACAAAGCAAGUUAUUCAUCGAAGAAAGUUUUGGGAUUACUCUAUGAUCAGUGUCAAAAUGUUGAGUCGGUCACAUGGCAGCAGGAUGAAGGAAGCGAAUACAGAGAUGUAAAACUGGAUGAAGACCUUAUAAGUGAAGGGUAUGAAGAUUACGUUGAGGGAGCUCUAAAGACACGGGAUGAAUACAACCAUGAUCUCAAGACAAUAAUGACACAGUAUGGUAUUGAGAAAGAAAGUGAGGUCAUGUCCGGUUGCCUUAUUAAACUCAGUAGACGAAUUACUGAACGAAAUGAACGGUUUGAUACAGAAAGACUUGUUGCUGAAAAGAUUCGUAAUCUUCGUAAGAAAUAUCGACAUAUUUUUGAUACAGAGUUUGAAAAUGAAGAACAGAUCGACAUUAAGAGAAUGGCAAAAGCUUCAGCUUGGUACUUUGUGACCUAUAAAGAGGAAGAACCACAUUUAGGCCUAUUAAGUUUUCCUUGGGUUAUGUCGGAUGUUUUAGCUCAAAUAAAGAUACCACGCCUUGGGGACAAAACUACCUUAUCUGCAAUGCAAGUUAUUAAUAAACUAGAUGACGACAUUUUGAAUGCUCGUGGAAAAGUGUCCAUGAUGCAUGGCCUUGAGGCAACGUGGUCGUUAGCGAAGAGAUGUCCGCAUAUUAAAUCUGUCAUUGAAGUGUUAACACUUUGGGAUAAACAUCUCCAUCCCCGAGGUAUAACGUUAGAAAGGACAAAAGCUUUAAUCCAACAUUUUUCACACUUUGCAGAAAGCAAUGAUCUUCUUUCUGAAAGACCUUCGGAUAUUCUGCUAGGUUUUUUGGUUUAUUUGGGCAGCUUUAAAUCUAGAUCUUUGCCCCACUUUAAUCACCUACCUGGCGAUCCAUCUUUUAUCAUUAGUAGAAGCUUAAUUCAGAGGUUUAGUCGUGAAGCUGAGAGAAGCUAUCACAGGUUAGCUCUGUCUGGUACACUGGAUUGUAUCUUUGGACGUGGAUUUCCCGAAGGGCAAACCGAAGAUCAGUUUAAAAUAUGUUCCAAUGGUCUGGAAGAAAUGGAAAUACAAUACCCAGUAGAGGACCGAAUUAAAAAGGUGCAGAAGUCGACUGGAGCAAACAUUACUUUUCGGCGUGCACCUAUUGGCAGAGCCCGAUGUGAGGGCAUUGUUACAUUCUUUGGUUCAUAUGCACAGCAUCACACAAUCAGUCAAAUAAUUUCUGCUUGGAACAAUGGAAAUUUUAUAACUCGCUUGGAGACAUUGUGAGGACCGAUGCAAUUAAGUGUGCUUUAUUGAUUGUGUUGUGCACCCUUUUUAUGAACUUCUUCCAAUGUAAUGUACUUAUUCCUAACAUGCUUUACAACAGUUUGCUUGCAGGUCUUUGUAAUUCUCGUUCGAUUACAGUGGCGACGCUGGGGGGGGGGGGGAUGCUAGGAAAUACAGCCCUAGUAGAGAAGGUUUGUGCUUCCCCCCCCCCCCCACCUCGUUGGGGAGAAAAACCACAAUUCGUCGGGAAGAAAGAAAAGUAUAUUUAUUUACUACAUGUUAAUACUGUAGACUCUAAAAUUGAUUUGAAACUUAAAAGCCUUUGAAACUCCUAAAUUGUCACAUUUUUGAGGGGCUUUAACCCUGGACAAUUUUCGAGAGGUUGUUCGCCCACUUUAUUCUCGUCGGGGACAUCAGACCCCCCCCCUUGUCGGGGUCCUUGGACCCCCGUCGAGGAAAUCUUGGCACCACCCCUGUCCGAUUAAGGUUGGUAUCGGUGGUGGCCUGACAGUGAGCAGCUCUCAAGCAUCUGAAAAUCUCAAACCAUUUAGAUAAGAGGCCAAACCUGCCUUCAUCCCACCAUGGUACCGCCCAUUGGAUCAAAGAUCGAUUUGGGACUUGGUAUUUUUUGAAAUGUUUGGUAUUUUGUAGCAGCAAAGUUCGGUGGAGACGCAUGGGACGAAGCAUCUGGUAAAAAGAUUUCAGAAUCUAAAAAUCUGGGAAAAAAAUUAAUAGCUAUAGUGCUCUUAAAUGGAAGAGCAGACCUAUUAGUUCUAGAAGAUGUACUUUUAAAGGCAAUACUUAUUGUUAGAAAUGGUAUCAUGGAAUACUGUUAUUAAUUUUUUUUAUAACCUAGGCCUACUUCCUACCAGCAUUUGUAUUAUAGCAAAGUAUAGGCCUAAUAUUAUUGUGAUUCCAAUUAAAUAUGUUCAAUUUGUUAUAUUUGUUUAAUUAUAAAGAUUGAAAAAUUGAUUGGAAUAAUAUAGGUGUAGGUAGUAAUCUUUCUAGCCAAGCAAGUGGUUUUGUUGAUGCAAUAAUGUCAAGAGGAUUUGUUCAAGCUUUAAAUCAGCCAUCAUAUAUUACUCGUAAUAUGAAAGAACACUUUUUAGAUCUAGUAUUUAUUUCGAAUCCUCUCUUAAUUGAUAAAUGCCACAUAAUUAAUAAUUUUGUUUCAUGUGAUCAUGAAGCAAUUGAAAUUUCUCUAAAAAUAUCAUAUAAACGUACUAAAGACAUAACUAAAACUGUAUAUGCUCUUAAGAAAGCUGCUUUUGCAAAAAUGAAAAAUAUUUUAAAUAACUUUAAUUGGGAUAAUUGUUUUCAAUAUAAUGAUGUUAAUAGGGUUUGGGAAAAUAUUUUUGGUAAUAUCGAUACUGCGAUUUCAGAAUCAGUACCUAUUAAAAAACGGAAAAAAUCACAUUCUUUUCCAUGGAUAACUCCAGAAAUAAAAAAGCCUUUGUACAAAGAAAAGAAAAUUAUAUAAAAAGUUUUAAAUUUCUGGAUCUGAAGAGGACAAAAUUAAAUUUAGGUUAUGUAGCAAAGAAUUGAAGAAGGUAAUAUAUUGCAGUCAUCGUGACUAUGUUGUAAAUAUUUCUAAUAAGGCCUCGACGGAUGUAAAACAAUUUUGGGCUUACAUACGAGCCAUUAGACAGGAUUCAGAUAGUAUAAGCUUUAAUGUGAAUAACACAAUGGUGACAAAUGCUAAAGAGCUGGCAAAUUUAUUUAAUAAACAGUUUAUUGACAA